AUGAGCUACUUGGAGAAGGUUGAUAAAUACUUGGAUUCACUCAAAGUGGGAAAAAGUGCAAUAGUGGAUUCAUGGUUCAUGAUGUCCAGUCCUAAGCCGAUCGUGUGUGUAGUUUUGGCUUACAUGCUGGUGAUCAAAUUGGUACCUAUACUGAUGAAAAACCGGCCGCCACUGCAGUUGAAUAAAUUAAUCGCAUACUAUAAUGCCUUUCAAGUAUUCUUAGCUAGUUUGAUCUGUACUAAAGCGCUACGAAUGAACCUAUUCAGUGAUGGUAUAUUAUAUGCAGGGUGUCGGUAUCCGUCCAAUACACACAAUCCAAUGUUGUUAGAAUUAGGCUGGUGGUAUUUCUUCGCCAAGUUCACAGAGCUCUUAGAUACUGUCUUCUUUGUUCUUAGAAAGAAAAAUAACCAGAUGCAAUUCUGCAUGAUGCUUCUGUAUUGUGCAUGGACUCACUUCUCGCCGCGCUGCCAGUACGCUUCCGGCUUCACUUACUUCAUCAGUGGCAACAUAACUAUUUUCCUGCUUCUCUUUCUAAAUUUCUACUCAAAAAGUUAUAAAGGCAAGAAAAAUGUAGAAAAAGAAAUCAAAGAGGAGUACAAAAAGCUAAGAAACGGUGUCAAAACUAAUGAUACUAAUAAACCAAUCGUUAUUGCUACCCAAAAUGGUAAGAAAGAAGAAAAUGGCUUUCAUCGGAAUAAUGUCAAUAAUAUUAAUGAGUUAAAUGACAAUACGGUACUUAAUGGUUGUAGAGAUUAUUCGAAGGAUGCUAAAGUAUUUCUAACAAGACGUCCGGCCAAGGAAGCUUUAGGUCCACAUUACGACUAUGAUAGCGUAAUAAAGAAAUGAUUUAAUUUCAUAGACUGUGGUAAGAAGGCUUCUUUUGAGACUGAUGAUUGUGAUGAUGCAGAUGAAAGAAAGUUAUAAUUUAGAUAAGGUUUUAAUAAUAAAUGGAAUUUUUAAUUAUAAGUAUGCUUAGAAUAGAUUUUAAUUGAAUGGCAAUGCUAAGUAGAGCUCUUUGAAAUAAAACAAUGAAUAUCAGAGGCUUCUUAAUCGUCAAUUACGUUACAUUCUUGAUACACUUAAAUAUUUUGUGGUUUGGUUUAUUUGUUAUUAAUUGUUUUAUCGAAAGAGUUCUAAACAAUUACUUGUAAGUUUUAAAUCUUCUUUGUGAGAUAAAAAAUUCUAAAGUUUCAGCAUAUCGUAGUUUAUAAUUGCAAAAGACUUUAUGCCAUCAUGAUAAAUUAUAAAAAUGUUUACAGUGAGAAGAUACGCUUUAAUAUUUGAAAUGUUUACAAUAAUCGCCAACCGCACAAUUUACCUUAAUUAGACUUUAAGAUCAUCUGGAUUGGUAUGAUAUGUAUCCAACGUGAACCUGAGACCUCCGAUUGACACUGUUUCCGAGAAAUCUAUAGCUAAUAAAUAAUUUUUACUAUUAUUGUAAGAUUUUUCUAUGUGUGUUAUUACUAUUCUGUGUCAUUUUAUUAUUUAAUUAGAGGAGCUUGGAUUUAUCGGUUGUAGAAGUCUUCGUUGAAAAUUAGUAAUCGUAGAAUGGGCUAAGCAAUUGUAUUAUUAAAUAAGAUAUGUUUUAACGUCGUAUCAAUUUAAUAGGAAAUAUGAAUUUGUUGAUAUCGCCAUUAUGUUAUAAUUUGCAUUUUAUAAAAAUAUAUGAAACUAAGCCUAAUCUUGUGACAGGAUUGCUUAUAGGUAUUGUUAAAAAAAUAUUUUAUUUGAAUUACACUUAGUUACGUUUUUAGCACUGCAAUUAUAAAAUGAUCUAAAUAUAUCAAAGUCGAAAACUGUGCCAUCCGGAGACCGCGCAUUGUGAACAACCGUCAAAAAAAUCAGCGAGGGCUACUCCUUUUUCCCUA